AAGAAAAAAUUGAAGAGCGAGACCUGCUGUCCGACCUGCAGGACAUCAGUGACAGUGAGAGGAAAACCAGCUCGGCAGAGUCCUCCUCAGCAGAGUCGGGCUCAGGCUCGGAGGAGGAGGAGGAAGAGGAGGAGGAGGAGGAAGAGGAGGGAAGCACCAGCGAGGAGUCAGAAGAGGAAGAGGAGGAGGAGGAGGAAGAGGAGGAGGAGGAGGAGGAGGAGACGGGGAGCAACUCUGAGGAGGCCUCCGAGCAGUCUGCAGAAGAGGUGAGCGAGGAAGAGAUGAGCGAUGGCGAAGAGCAGGAGAAUGAGAACCACGUCAUGGUCGUUCCAGAGUCACGAUUUGACCGAGACUCGGGGGACAGUGAAGAAGGGGAAGAAGUGGGUGAGGGGACCCCACAGAGCAGCGCCCCAACUGAGGGUGACUAUGUGCCUGACUCCCCAGCCCUGUCACCUAUCGAGCUCAAGCAGGAGCUGCCUAAGUACCUGCCGGCCCUGCAGGGCUGCCGCAGUGUGGAGGAGUUCCAGUGUCUGAACAGAAUCGAGGAAGGCACCUAUGGGGUGGUCUACAGAGCGAAGGACAAGAAGACAGAUGAAAUUGUGGCUCUGAAGCGGUUAAAGAUGGAAAAGGAAAAGGAGGGCUUCCCGAUCACUUCUCUGAGAGAGAUCAACACCAUCCUCAAGGCCCAGCACCCCAACAUCGUUACUGUCAGGGAGAUCGUCGUGGGCAGCAACAUGGACAAGAUCUACAUCGUGAUGAACUACGUGGAGCAUGACCUCAAGAGCCUGAUGGAGACCAUGAAGCAACCCUUCCUGCCAGGGGAGGUGAAGACACUCAUGAUCCAGCUACUGCGUGGAGUGAAACACCUGCACGACAACUGGAUCUUGCACCGGGACCUCAAGACGUCUAACCUGCUGCUGAGCCACGCCGGUAUCCUUAAGGUGGGUGACUUCGGGCUGGCUCGGGAGUAUGGCUCACCCCUGAAGGCCUACACCCCUGUCGUGGUGACUCUGUGGUACCGCGCUCCAGAACUGCUGCUGGGUGCCAAGGAGUAUUCCACAGCUGUGGACAUGUGGUCUGUGGGCUGCAUCUUCGGGGAGCUGCUGACACAGAAGCCCUUGUUCCCCGGCAAGUCAGAAAUCGAUCAGAUCAACAAAGUGUUUAAGGACCUGGGGACCCCCAGCGAGAAAAUCUGGCCAGGGUACAACGACCUCCCUGCAGUGAAGAAGAUGACCUUCAGCGAGUACCCCUACAACAACCUCCGCAAGCGCUUUGGGGCCUUGCUGUCAGACCAAGGCUUCGACCUCAUGAACAAGUUCCUGACCUACUUCCCCGGGAGGAGGAUCAACGCAGAAGACGGCCUGAAGCACGAGUAUUUCCGCGAGACCCCGCUCCCCAUCGACCCCUCCAUGUUCCCCACGUGGCCUGCCAAGAGCGAGCAACAGCGAGUGAAGCGUGGCACGAGCCCGCGGCCCCCCGAGGGCGGCCUGGGCUACAGCCAGCUGGGUGAUGACGACCUGAAGGAGACGGGCUUCCACCUCACCACCACCAACCAGGGCGCCUCGGCGGCCGGGCCUGGCUUCAGCCUCAAGUUCUAGCGGUGUGCACCACCACGCCCAGGGCGGGGC